UAGCAGAGUUUGUGUGGUUGUCUUGGUGAAGAUGUCUGCCGCAGAAGAAGAUACUGAGCUUCGGGACUUGCUAAUACAAAACUUGGAAACUAGCGGGGUCCUCGGUAAAAUAAAGGCAGAACUCCGAGCAGCUGUGUUUCUAGCUUUGGAAGAACAGGAAAAAGUAGAGAACAAAACUCCUUUGGUUAAUGAAAGCUUGAAAAAGUUUUUAAACACAGAAGAUGGACGAUUGGUGGCCAGUCUUAUCUCGGAUUUUUUGCAGUUUUUUAACCUGGACUUCACACUGGCGGUUUUUCAGCCUGAAAUAAGCACAUUGAAUGGAUUGGAAAGCCGAGAUGCUGUAGCCAGGGAGCUGGGAAUUCCGGACACAGAGGCAACCAAAGGGGCACCGCUGCUGUUGGAAUUAAUGAAGAGGGGUCGCCACAAAGAUAGAGGCUCCAGUUUUGCAGAGGGUGAUUGGGCUGUACAUAUUCCUAAGGAAUUGUCGCUAAAGCAGAUAGCUGAAGCCAGGAAAAAGUUUGAUCAUUAUGAUAAGGACAGAAGUGGUGAGAUAAACAAAGAAGAAUUGAGGACACUGUUUACAGAUCUUUUCCCUCACUUUCAUAAGAAUAUGCUGGAAAGGUAUGUUACUGAUGAGUUCAGAGCUGUGGAUAAAGAUUUUAGUAACUCUAUUGACUUUGACGAGUUUCUUGGAAUGUACAAACGUUUAUUUAUCCAGUGUAGAAGUGUGGUGACAAAUGAUAUGUCCGACAUUGUUCAAACACCAAGCAAGUUCCAUGACGAGAAGCUACAUUUUACAUCAGUAAGCAAGGUUAUUGAAACCAGCCAUAGCGAAUUAAGCUUGCCGACUGGAGGUGUGAAGAAUAAAAGCAAUGUCCAGAUAUCAGCCAGUGAAUCAAAACUGGAAUCAAAGUUCAACAGCAAUGUUCCAGCAGUUAAGAAGGGUAAAGAUUUUGAUCUGGACAAUGAAGAGGAUGAAGGAGAUUCUUUCUUUGAUGAUCCAUUGCCUAAACCUGAGAAAACAUAUGGCUGUAUAUCCCUGGCAGACAAAAGUGUUUCAGGGGCAAGUGUCUCAGAAAACAAGAUGAACAAUAAUCACGAAGAGUGGUCGCAGACAGACAAAAGUAUUUCAGGAGGAUCUUUUUCAAAAAGCAGGAACGGUAGUUGUCACAAAGAGAUCACUGAUAAAAAUAGUGACACAGAUGAAGAGACUGAGGAUCCCUUUGUAGAGAAUGGUAAUGGGCACAAUCCUGAAGAGAGGAGGACAGAUUCAAGUAGGCCAGUGGGAAGUCUUGCAUCUCUUUCCGAUGCACCUCUUUUAAAAACUGGUUUAGGGUCCCUGGCUGGAGUACCCCCACUUAAAGGACCUGCUGACAUUGGUAAUGGCAAACAUAUUGAUUUGAAAGACCUGAAGACAAUGAAUGAGAAAAUAGGCUCCCUUGGAUUAGGAGAUGAAGAUGAUUAUGAUGAUGAUUUUAACAGCACCAGCCAUCGAUCAGAUAAAACUAAAAGUGAAGUUAGCAUUGGAGAAGAGAUUGAAGAAGAGCUUUCUAUUGAGGGGGUGGAUUUCAAUGCCAGUGAUAAGCUUGAUGACUUCACACUGGAUCGCAGCAUUUCACAGUUCAGUGAAACUAUUGACUACAUGGAGGAAGUUGCAUAGACAUGCUGUAAUGUACAAUAGAUCAGACGGCACUGUUCAGACAAUCUUACUUUACUCAAAAAAGCUGGAACUUGAAAACCUUGUCGGUGCCUUUUCUUUACAGAUGUACACUAAACUGAAACUUCACUACAAAUUCUUAACUGUGCAAAGGAGGCGGUUACAACUGCUAUCAUUAUUCAGUCAGGACUGUACAAUUUAAAGUGUUUCUUUUGUUAUAUUUCAAUAAAACAGUAUAUCGUGAAAAAAACAGCUCCAGACAUAUUGACACAACCCUGCUGUAGCUAGAUGGGGAAAUACACUGAAGGUAAAAUAUGGACAGCUUAUGAAAGCUUUCAUACUGCUUCUUUUACUUAGCUUGAUCUACCUUAAAAUUAUUUAGCUCAAGAAUUGUGCUAGCAGGGUUUGGAAUGUGGUUAUUGCUUUUGUAUUUCCUACCCUAGUUACAGUACACUUAGUACUGUAACUAGGGUAGGAAAGUUCUGAUCAGCUGAUAAUCAUAUUUACCCUGUUAAUAUUGUGCCCCUAGGGCCACUGGUACAUUCACAAAUAGGCAAUUCAGACAUGAGGAUGCAAUACAAUCUCUUACUGUAUAUGCUUGAAUAAUUUAUUAAAAAUUGCAAAAUGGGCUUAACAAAGUGAUGCACUCAUUUCUAAUGUGUUAUGUAUCAGAAAGAAGUACUGCAGUUUUCUUUUGCGUAAGAUGUGGCAGUCUGAUUUUGUUAUUGAAGCACAACAUUAAAAUAUGAAUUCCCAUUCUUACCAAGUAGCCAGGUAUUUCUCUGACUGCUUUCUCAGAAUAUUUCAGACCUCUGAGUUACACACAAUCUAUUUGACUAAUGCAUCAAAAAGAUGUUUCUGUAUUACUUACCAGUGCCAAACACCGACUGUGCAGUCAGUGACCUACUUUAACACCAGGAGAAUCAUUUACAGUGCUGACAUUAUUGAACUGAAAAGGGGAGUGAUACUGUAAUACAAUUACAUUGUGGUUGAAGGGUAUUGUUGAUUAAAUAAAAAUUAUUGGAGAGAAGUGUACUGUCAAAAAAAACUGUUAAAUUGAGCUAAUUAUACAUUAUAUGUGCUGCUUUGUUGUACUGCUGUGCUUAAAAUACAUUUUUUCUGUAAUUUCUGUCGAGUAGCCUCUAUCUCAAAAGAGCCAGAGGAGGGUUUACCUGGAGCCACAUGUCAAAUCAUGAUUUUUCUGUAUUUACCACAAGAAGUAGUGGUUAUCUAAAGUUGAUAAUGUGGUACCAAUCAUUUCAGGUGAUCUGUUAGGUUGCCUUUUCAGUAUAUUUAUGUAUUUUUAAGGUUUCUGCUUUUUAAAAAUCCAUCUUGAAUCUGCUGUUUUAAAAGACAAUACAG